AUGGCCACACCUAUGAAGUCUGGAAUUGACCAGACCUCGCUAAAUUUAGAGGCUUCUUUACCGCCUACUGUCGUUGAGUCAAAGGAUUCUUUACACACGCGAACCUACUAUUCUGAAGUUCCUAAAGCUAUAAGAGAGUCUAAAACACCAGUAAUACUUGGUGUUGAUGAAGCAGGACGUGGACCGGUUAUUGGACCCAUGGUUUAUGGGAUAAGUUAUUGUACGAGAGAAUAUCAAGACGAAAUUUUGAAGAAACGUUACGCGUUUGACGACUCUAAAAAACUCACAGAUCCGGUUAGAAGGGACCUUUUCCAUCGUAUGUACACCGGAGAGAUUGAUCAAGUGGGCUACGCAACGACUUGUAUCACUGCUUGCGAUAUUUCAAGUGGUAUGUUGCGAUUUCCUCCGGAAAAGAACUAUAACUUGAAUAGUCAGGCCCAUGACGCGACAAUGGCUUUGAUAAGAGGUGUGAUAGAACAAGGAGUUUCCAUUGAACAUGUUUACGUCGACACAGUGGGUCCCCCAGCUUCAUAUCAACAGAAACUGGAGUCCAAUUUCCCAAAUAUCAAAUUCACGGUGGCUAAGAAAGCAGAUUCGUUAUAUUGUGUGGUGAGUGUAGCAAGUGUUGUUGCCAAAGUGACCCGUGACGUUUUAGUGGAUUUACUCAAGACUAGUCCAGAUGAAGUUAUAGGUUCUGGGUACCCUUCGGAUGGGAAAACCAGUGAGUGGUUAAAAUCGAAUAGAACUGAGCUUCUGGGAUGGCCUUCUCACAUGGUUCGAUUUUCUUGGCAAACGGCUCAGACUUUGCUGGACAAGAGUACGGAUGCUGUUGCAAUUGCGUGGGAAGACGAUUUCAUAGGGAAGGGCUCGCAAUCAAUGUCAGCGAUGUUUUCCGCUCCACCAAAGGCUGUGACAUUGGAUAAUUGGUACGAAUAA